CAGUAAAUAUGAUCCACGAGUUGUUGCUUGCUUUAAGCGGAUAUCCCGGAACUAUAUUAACUUGGAAUAAACGCAAUGGUUUGCAGGUGUCUCAGGACCUGCCGUUUCUCCAUCCCAGUGAAACGAGCAUUUUGAACCGUUUGUGCAAGAUGGGCACGCACUACGUCCGCUUCACAGAGUUUAUAGAGCAACACACAGGUCAUGUCCACCAGCAAGAGCACCAGCCAAACCAAAGUGGACUUCAUGGGAUCUACCUGCGAGCUUUCUGUACCGGCCUUCAUUCAAUGUUACAACCCUACCGACAAGCCUUACUGGAUCUAGAACAGGAGUUUCUUGGUGAUCCACAUCUUUCCAUUUCUCACGUGAACUACAAACUAGAACAGUUUCAGUUGCUGUUCCCAUCUGUGAUGGUUGUUGUGGAGACCAUCAAAUCUCAAAAGAUUCAUGGCUGCCAGAUUCUGGAGACUGUUUAUAAGCACAGCUGUGGAGGACUGCCUCCUGUUCGGAUGGCUUUAGAAAAGAUUCUUGCAGUUUGCCAUGGUGUGAUGUACAAGCAGUUGGCAGCGUGGAUGUUACAUGGGUUGCUCCUGGAUCAGAGUGAGGAGUUCUUUGUGAAGCAGGGUCCCAGCGCAGGAGGGGCUGCAGCAGCACAGGAGGAAGAGGAAGAGGACCUUGGCAUUGGAGGGCUGAGUGGGAAACAGCUUAGGGAGCUGCAAGAUUUGAGACUGAUUGAGGAGGAGAACAUGCUCGCCCCCUCAUUGCAGCAGUUCUCUUUGCGCGUCGAGAUGCUUCCGUCAUACAUUCCUGUCCGAGUGGCUGAAAAAAUUCUCUUUGUUGGGGAAUCAGUGCAAAUGUUUGAGAACCACAACCAGAGCCCGUCCAGAGCUGGUUCCAUACUGAAACACCAAGAGGACACAUUUGCUGCAGAGCUUCACAGACUCAAACAGCAGCCACAUUUUAGCCUGGUGGAUUUUGAAAAUGUAAUUGAUGGGAUUCGAAGCACAGUUGCUGAGCACCUUUGGACUUUGAUGGUGGAGGAAUCUGAUCUUUUGGGACAACUCAAGAUUGUAAAGGAUUUUUAUUUGCUUGGACGUGGUGAGCUGUAUCAAGUGUUCAUUGACCUUGCCCAACAUAUGCUUAAGACCCCACCGUCAGCUGUAACAGAACAUGAUGUGAAUGUGGCCUUCCAGCAAGCUGCUCACAAAGUUCUACUUGAUGAUGACAACCUGUUACCACUACUGCACCUCACCGUUGAUUACCAGAAGAAAGACUCCAAGGAGGCCACUGGGAAUCGAGAGGGCACAACUCCUCCUCAGGACACAUCUCCUCGAGAGUCUCCUUCCACCGGCUGGGCAGCACUGGGUUUGACUUACAAAGUGCAGUGGCCAUUGCACAUCCUCUUUACUCCUGCUGUACUAGAAAAGUAUAACGUGGUGUUUCGUUACCUGCUCAGUGUGCGAAGGGUGCAGUCGAAGUUGCAGCACUGCUGGGCCGUGCAAAUGCAGCGUAAACACCUCAAGUCCAACAAAACCGACGCUGUGAAAUGGAGGCUGCGCAACCACAUGGCUUUUCUAGUAGAUAACCUACAGUAUUACUUACAGGUGGAUGUUUUGGAGUCUCAGUUCUCUCAGCUCCUGCAGCAUAUCAACUCGACACGAGACUUCGAAAGCAUCCGACUGGCUCAUGAUCAUUUCCUUAGUAAUCUGUUAGCCCAGUCCUUCAUUCUUCUCAAACCAGUGUUUCACUGUUUGAACGAGAUUCUGGAUCUUUGUCACAACUUCUGCUUGCUGGUGAGUCAAAACCUGGGGCCGCUGGACGAGAGAGGAGCAGCUCAGCUAGACGUCAUGGUGAAGGGUUUUAGCCGCCAAUCAUUCCUGCUCUUCAAGAUCCUUUCCAGUGUGCACAACCACCAGAUCAACUCUGACCUGGCUCAGCUGCUUCUACGGCUCGACUACAACAAAUACUACACCCAGUCUGGAGGAACUCUGGGAAGUUUUGGACUCUGAGGUUGAACAGGAAGCAGAAUCACUGCAGUGUUCUACUUGUAAAUAUGAUUUGAUGUAAUAUAUGGUAACAUCUGUAUUAAUUACAAAAGUAUUAAACAUGUCUAUGGUUCUGCACAAUGAAAAACAAAGUGUAAAUUAAUUGUACAGAAGCGAGACUGGAUUAGAAUGAGACACGUGGUUUAUUACUUAAUAAAAACAGUUUAAAACUAUGUACAGUAAAGACAGGCAAUGCUAAAACAGUACAAUACAUUAAAAAGAACAGGAUCUAAGAGGAAUAAUUGAGAUGGUACUCAGGUUGGCUGUCGUAGGCCUGGCGUUCUCCACAGAUCACACACUGGACCAGCCAUUCCAGUGACACCACUGGAGUACCAGCAUCCUUCGCGCUCUUCAGCACAUCUGCAGGACAUGAGGACGCUGACACCACUACAUCAAACUUCUGUUCUGGAGCAUCUAUGAGGCAGGAUACAGAGCACAGUGUGGUAAAACAGAAACGAGUACGUUUAUGAAGAUUCGUUUAGUGUCUUAGCAUCUGAACAAGGCAGCACUUACUGGAACUGUUGCUGUUAUGUUGCUGGACCUUCGCUGCUCCACAUAUGGUUAGCAAAGCAGUCCACAGGUCCUUCCGGUCUUCUGAAACUAGCAGGACCUUUAAAGCUUUGAAUGGGUUGCAGCGUGCAUGCCUGCAUUAAAAUGCAUUGAGAUUUAGGACACAAUCAUAAUGCCUACUUACAUAAAAAUGUAAAAAUGUUUCAGCUGGUCUGUUUGUUACAUUCAUCACACUGUGAUUAUUCCAUUGUGUAGUUACACUCACCAAGCACUUUAUUAGGUACACCUGUCUGGUAGGCACUUUAAUUUAUUAUCUUAUUGGUGGACCAUUCUCAGCACAUAAAUUACACUAAGCUGGUAAAGGCCUGGUAGUUUAUCAGGUGCAGCAGGAUUUUUUUUUUAAACAGCUCAAUGCUGAGAGGAGAAUAACAGCCAAGUAGACAGUAUAUGUAUAACCAAAGUUCGUCUAUAUGACGUAAUUAUAAAAUAAUCAUGUACAUACCAGACCAGGUUUACCUAAUAAAAUUCUUGGUGAGUGUAUUUGAUAAUGUAAAGUACUCACAAAAAUCUGUAUAUAAUUAUAACUUACAUGCAUUAAUGUUAUUGAGCUUGUAAAAAUUGUUUGCAAUAAAUGUUCUCUCUGGGUUGCAUUGAA